AUGCUCUGGCACGCAAAGGCCUUGGAAACACUUAGUGAGUCGUUCAACACAUUGCAGUCACUGCACGAGGAGGCGGAUCUGAUAAACUUCCGUUCAACCCUGAUGCGAUCUGGGUCCAAUAUGACGAACAUGCCCUCAGAGCUACAGCUGCAUCGACAUAGCCUCAGCGCAUCCGGAACACUGUACCAAAAACCGUCUGACUUAUCAGCUCACUCACCACGAUCCAUAAGACCUCCUGGCUCCUUGGUUGUCGGUGAUAAUCCUCACACACGACGGAUGCCAAGUGGAUUGCCACACACAUCAAGACAGCGCGCGGAGGAUGUCACAAGCUUGUUCAGUGAAGACGAGGAGGUGUCUGAUGAUGGAGUUCACAGUAGAGGUGCGGGUCGCAGUCAGAACAGCGGCGAUCACCUCGAGGACUUAGAUGAUGAAGACAGUGAAGAUGAUGAUUCGGAAGAGGACGACGAAGGGGACAGCGAAUACACCCACACAGGUCCAACAACAACCGCUUCCAUUAGAAAAAAUAUCCAAGGCGCAACAAGUAUCACCUCCCAGUCGCCUUUGAAAUCGGCUCUAAAAUCUAGUGGAUCGAAGCAGGCGGCGUGAGUCUACC